CUGGCGUUAAAAAGGAAAGUGCGUUUGUUGUGUUGCAGGAAGGCUGUGCAAUGUUUAUGAUGAACUUUUGUGAAACGGACAAACAACACUUGGUUCCUUUUCGUGAAUUUUAACUUGAUUUAGAAAUCCCUCUAAGUCUCAUGGAAUGAGCUGUGUGAUGUGACGAAAGUUUGUGGAAGGACAUAGUGGAUAACGAAAUGUCAGCAGCCAGUAGCAAAAGUGAAAUAUGUGCCCCAGUUUCGGAGUCCCUCCGAAAAACAGCGGGCACAUCAAAUGGAACAAGCCACCAGCCAGCAACUCUUCUAUCCACUCUCUGCAGUGUCCUGUGCCUUAUUAGUGCGGUUCUCACCGCUUUUGCCGCUUUCCGCAACACACUAACAUGGCAUCUACAAAGAUUUUGGGGUGCUUCUGGAGACUUUUGGCAGGCUAUUUGGGACCUAUUACUGGAUUCCAUUGGUGAAGAUCCAGUAACACUUUGGGUGAUUGCUAGCAAUGUUGUUACAUUGACAGUCUAUUGGCUCUUCGGGGCUGUGUACACAAUAUUGGACUUCACAAAUAAGCCAGCAGCUCUUCGUCGAUACAAAAUUCAACCAGGAACAAAUGAACCAGUUGACAAACAACGCCUCCUUAAGGUCAUAGGAUGUGUUCUAUUCAACCAAACUGUCGUGGCUCUGCCUGUGAGCUACGUGUGCUUCAAGUUGAUGGAGUACAGAGGCUAUCCCCCGCUGAGAGAGUUGCCCACUUUCCAUUGGGUGUUGGCAGAAAUGGCCGUUCACAUUUUGCUAGAGGAAGUAGGCUUCUACUAUUCUCAUCGACUUCUGCACAGUCGUUAUUUGUACAAACAUAUCCACAAACGUCACCAUGAGUGGACAGCUCCAGUCGCUGUAACUGCCAUUUACUGUCAUCCGUUAGAACACAUAUUUAGCAACUUACUUCCGCCAAUGCUGGGGGUGCUCUUAAUGGGCUCUCAUGUUGCCACGGCCUGGUUGUGGUUUUCCAUGGCAAUUCUCUCUACCUUGAAUGCUCACUCCGGCUACCAUCUGCCUUUCUUCCCCUCUCCAGAAGCUCAUGACUUCCAUCAUUUGAAGUUUAACCAAUGUUUUGGAGUUUUGGGCGUGCUUGAUCGGUUCCAUGGAACAGAUUCACUGUUUCGUAAUUCAAGGUGUUAUAAUCGUCAUAUCAUGAUGUUGAGUCUUACACCUGCCAGAGAAAUGUUCCCUGAUGAAAGCAAGGGGAAGGCAAAGUAACGUGCCAUUUAUUUUUCAUUAUUAUCAUUACCUCUAUUAUUGUAUUGUCAAUAUUUUUAUUUUGGGGGAAGGGGCACUGAGUUAUGGCAAAGAUUAAACUGUGACAGGCAUUUUGCUACAUGUGAUGCAAAGAGACUAACCAAUGAUGACAAUGUGUGCUAGAGAGAGAAUGUAUGUUUUUACAGAACUAUUUUAGAUUUAGUUAGCUUACAUUUGAUACUUGCUCUGAGUAUGCUCCUUAAUGUCUAUUUUACUUAUGAUGAACUUUCUGCUUUUAAUCUUCAUAAAUUCAGUGCACUGUACUACUGCACUUUUGUUACAAUCAAAUAUUAUAUUUCAAGAAAACAUUAGUGGUUAAGUUGCCGCAUGUGGUUUGGGGACAGUUUGGCAGCCUUACAUCUGUGAUAGGUCUAUGACAUUAAUAUGAUAGCGACAUUUGUGUGGUGUAUUGUCAUGACAAGUUUAGAGAUAGUAUAUUGCAUUAACUCAUUUGCUGCAGUGGGUUUGUGGGUCCUGUAAUAUAACAUUUGGCUCUGACCUGCUCUGACCACACUUGGUCCAUGGAGUCACAGAUCUGUGACUCCGUGCAUGGUCACACUACUGCAGCAACUGUGUCAAAGAAUAUGCACUAUUUUAUUUAGUUAUCAUACUAUUCAGUGAAAGAACAUUGCUUGCUUUACUUAAUUUUUUCCUAAAGAGAAUUUACUUGUAAGUAUUCGUUCUCAUGACAUAUCUGACGAACAGAGACUAAGACAGCCAUGUCCCCUAAUGAAAGUUCAUGGGAUUGUGAUAAAAAAUGAUGACACACCAAAUAGAGUAAUGGGGUUUGAUGCUUCUUAUUGGCCCUCCUUGUUCAGUGCUUCUCUCAUGGCUAAAAUUUUCCAAAGGUCACAACUUUUUGGUGCAUUUCUACUUUGACUGCGCACCAAUAAUUUUUGUCUCCUCCUUUUCUCGUAUUUUACUAAUAAUUCUUCUCCCUGUAAAGAUGAUUAUUUUUUUAAAUCCAACUGCAUUCCCAAAUGUUUGAAUGCAUGCAAAAGAUUUUAAGUACUGUCAACUUUUCAUGCCGCCUCCACUAUACUAUGUGAUACCUUACAAGUUCGAUUGUGUAGAAGUUUACAAGCGGCCUAUCAAUCCGAUGGUCACCUCAAGUUCUGAUUUAUGUUUCAAUCGCUCUGUUACACAUUUAAAUUACUUGACUAUGUGAUGCUUCACUCAAUGCUCUCAACAUUAAUUCCAUAAUAAUAUGCUCCAGGUCAUAUGUAUUUUCAUAAUUUAUUUAGUAUUAGAGGCAAAGUGAAGAGAGCAUUUAGAUGCUCAUAGAACUGUAGAAAAUUUAUUGUCAGAUACAGAGUAUUACUUUCACACACUGCAAGAGUCCCGCUAAGGGUCAAAUUCCUUCUGACUUGCAUAGGUGCCUUGAUUUUAGACAAAGUAUGACUAACUUUUGAUUCUUUUCGAUACAAGCAAAGAAUUUUUUCUUGCUAGGUGGUAAUGUAGUUUAGAGAGAUUUGCUACAAGAGUAUCAUAUAUAUUGGAACAGCCAAUAAUAUGCAAUUAGUCUAAAAAUAUUAAUGGAAUAUUCAACAGAUUUACAGUGACUGUAGAUUGGUAACAUUCUUUGUCACUUGUUGUAUUUAAUAGUAGUCACUUCUAGUUUGCUACCAGUAGGUGCCCUAUAAAUCCGGAUUCAGUGACAGAGGAAAUGAGGAAUUGUUACUCAUUAAUUAAUUAUCUGCUGCAAAGUGUUUGUUUCGGGAAGGGAGGAAGAAUUGACUGCAGAGCUGCUUUUCAAACUUACUUCAGUGAGUCCUUCACAGACACAAAUGUCUCUUCUCUUAUUAACCAAAUUGUGAUUCUCAAGUCUGUGAUUUAUUGAUGGCACGUUUUAACCACCAUGCUUCAGUUGAAUGUGAAUAUAUAUUUAAAUAUAAGUACGUACUUUAAAUUAUUGAAGAUUUUUAUUUUAGUGGCAGUGGCUUCUGCAAACGCUAAUUGUUGUUUUCAUUGCGGUAUUUAUAUGCAUCCUAUUCAUUUGUAAAUACUGAAAUGAAUGCUUAGUUGUUUAAUUGUUUUUCUUCACAAUUUUUUAGGGUGCAUUUGUAGUGACCUGCAGGAAUCAUGAUCCUGACACGUAUCACCAUGUUCUAUUCUUGGAUUGCCGGCUGUAAUUAAUGCAUGAACGAAGCUCUUGCUUCGUUCUCAUUAAUAUUGUACUGACCAGAAGUUAAAACUGCCGAGGCUUAUGGCCAUUGCUUUGUGAUUGUGUAGUACUGGUAUAGAACGGGUUAAGAAAGCUCCACAAAUUUUAUGUCGGUUGGAAUACAAUUAUUUAUUUAUGUUACAAAUAUACACUAAUGUAGCAAUCUUUUCUUCUUUUAAAAGAAAAAGCAAAGUCAGAUGUUUAAAAUCAUUAUGCAAACUUAAUGCAAUUGAAAUGAUUUUUUAACAUACUGCCUCAAAAUAGCAGAACAAGGCAGAAUCGGGGACCUGUUUUUCCUAGAUGAUAAUUGUAAAACAGCACACUUUUUGUUCUGUGGAUGAUUCUGUCAAGUGCAAAUCACACUAACAUGUACAAAUAAAUAAUUACAAAAUAUAACUUAA